GUAGUAAACCUAAAUCGCUAUUCACAGCAACAAUGUAUGUUUACCAGUCCAACGACGUAUAACUUUAGAUUUAAAAUAUUCCAACGUAAAAUAACUAUUCUGCGUCGAACGAAGGUUAACUAACUUAAGUAUUUAGCGACAAUGCAGUAUUAGACGAUACAUGCUGAACAUGUCACACUUUAUAAGGAUUGUGGGAAUUUCAGCACUUUGUUAAAGUUUCGACUUUCAAUUUUAGAAAAUAAGUUUCAAGUAGUCAUUACCACAAACAUUUUUAUUCCAUAUUUUGAAUUUAACUGUUGUAAUAUACAUGAAUUCAACACAGCGAGUUUGAAAAUAAAAAUCUUCGUAAAACCUCAGCAAUCUGAAAGCCGCGCCGAACGGAAAUCCAAGAUGGCGCAGACCACUAGGGGCAAGAAAUCCAAGUCCUCAGUAUUUGCUAAGAUUUGAAUUAAUCAAAUGGAUGGCAUUACUUGUCUUUCUGACAAAAAGACCCAGGUUCAAAUCCUGGUUCCUGCCAACACACACACACACAGUCCUUCUCAGAACUUACCCGAAGUUUACCAGAUGAAAGAGAUGAAUCAAGAAAAGCCUGAAAAAAGUAAAGAACUGAGAGAGUGCAUCGGACAGUUUUUUAAUGGAAAACCAAAAUGGCUUCAUGGCGCAAUUCAAGAAUGUAAAAACGAAAAAUUUCCUAGCGAGAAGUUCGACAAGUACUUAACUGAAAUGUGUACUGAAGAAAGAGAAGCGGAUUUACAGGAUGUCAAAGAAUGUAUCGGUGAGCAAUUUGCAGCAGCUCAAGUGGAUCAAGAAACUUCAUACACUGAAAUAAUUAACAAAUGUUUCUGAAAACAUAAAUUAAUAAAGUUAAAAUAUACUAAUAUGUUAGCAAUAAAUUAAACAACUAUCUCUGAGCUUGAAUAUCUUCUUUGCUGAAAAAUGUAUAAACAUUAUUAUUUACAAU